AUGCGCUCAUUGAAAAGACCCAGCAAAGCGGACUUAGCCAGCCACGUCCCUCUGGCUGAGACAAAUGAGCGCGACGAUGAGCCGGGAGAACAGCCCGAAAAGGACGAUGUCGAAGAGGUGGACCCUUUGCGCCCUGCUGCGGCUAAUAUAUCAGAAGAGGAUGCAGCGCACAUUCUCGGUGACGACCUCGGCGAAGAAAAUCCGUACUUGGCGACGGGAACACUGAAAAGUGCGAUUCACCGUUGUCAGCUUCCGCUGUUGGGAAUCGACCAGGAUACCACUCGGCCAAACUACGUGUCUGGCUUCAUGCAUUUCAAGGCUUGGGCUUGUCUCACGCUGGCGGCCGGAAAAUGCAAAGGAGUGCCUGUCGGGGAGCAGGUGGUCAACGAGGAUGAGGUCGGGAGAGAGAUCAGCAAUGAUUUGGGGACGGGGUGGAGGGCGGCGCUCCUUAACGAGGAGCACCUGCAUGGGCCUUGGACGUCGAAAUGGAGGUGCGUCGAUCUGCACCGGGGCUCGCUCGACGAUUGCUACACGGAGGAGCAGUUCCGCAUUCUCGUUUCAGACAUCCUGCCGCACUGGGCCAAGGUGUACUUCAGGUCGUCGAUGUCACACCCCAGUCUGUCGCUGUGGAAGGCCUUGGCUGUGAGGACGAUGAUUUUGAUGGCGCAUCACAUGCUGAGCAGGGGGAUCAGCAUCCGUGAGAUCCGCUACUGCAACAUGUUCACUCACGUCCUUCUGCCCAUCACGAACAGCCCGGGCGAAUCAUCCAUCCUCGUUCUCGUUGUCGCCUAUCGCAAUUCGAAGACCGUCAAAGACAACAAGCUUGGCCACCUGUACCUCACUCGACACAUGGACUUCCAGCAGUGCGGCUUUGGAGCAGUUUUCCUCUGGCUACAUUUCAUUUUCGACCUCGUCCCCCUCUACUACAACAACGAUAAAAUCGUGCCCCCCUUGGAUUUUUCAAACCCGAAAGCCUGGUCGAAGAAGCACCUGUUCUUCGCCCUCUUCGACAAAGAGAAGAAGGAGAUGCCGUACCCGACGCACGCCAAAUGGGUGACCUGGGCGAUGGAUAGCGCGGUGUGGAUCCUGUCGAAAGUCACCCACAUAUUUCGACGGUCUGCGGCACAGAUCCUUGCGGACAAGAACUUGGACCUCGACACCAUCGCACAGCUUGGUCAAUGGGACAUGAACGAGAUGCGCAGGUCAUACGUCAAAGGCAUCCCGCGCCCAGCCAUCCAAAUGCAAGCCGGUUUCUCGGAGGAACCGGGCGACUAUUACAUCGGAAGAUCGAAGACCCAAGUGCCUCCGAAGGUCCAGAAGGCUAUUGAGGAGCACAUAUUUCCUAACGCGGAGCAGUGGCUCAUCGAGGACAUCUCCUCUCAACUCAACACCAAGCACUUCAUCGCGCAACUUCGGGCCGAGAUCAACUUCCACAAAGAGGAGGGAGGGAAAAAAGAGAUCAAGAUCAACCACCUCGAGCAUCAGGUCGAGUCAUUGGAGCAGGAGAACAGCUCGAUGAAGUCAGAGUUGGAGGCCAAGACAGAGGCGUUCGCGCAACUGCAGAAAGCGUUCGACGCACUGAGAAAGACCGCGGCGACAAGCGCAGGUGCAGAUGUGGGGGAGAGCGAGAGCGUGCCACAGACGGCCACUGAAGAAGCCACCCCCGGUCCACAGCAAGCCCAACAAGAAACGCCCUCUCGACAGAGCGUGGGCAAUCAGCUCGACCAGGCAUUCUUCGACGCGGUGGUGUGGCCGUGGUGCAAUUGCGAUACCGUGCGGAAGGCGUGGUCGUACUAG